GGCCCAGUAACAGAGAUACCCCAGAGAGAUGUCCCCGUCCUCUGUAUUCCCAGGAUUGUACAGAGGAGAAUCACAGGACCCCACAGGAGGAUCAGGUAGAACGUUUGUCUGAUAUAAAGUCAGAAGAUAUAGAGGGAGCAGAAGAGACGUAUGUGACUGAUAUGAAGGGAGAAGAAGAGACGUAUGUGACUGAUAUAAAGGCAGAAGAUAUAGAGGGAGAAGAAGAGACGUAUGUGACUGAUAUAAAGGCAGAAGAUUCAGAGGGAGAAGAAGAGAUGUAUGUGACUGAUAUAAAGGCAGAAGAUAUAGAGGGAGAAGAAGAGACGUAUGUGACUGAUAUGAAGGCAGAAGAUAUAGAGGGAGAAGAAGAGACGUAUGUGACUGAUAUGAAGGCAGAAGAUAUAGAGGGAGAAGAAGAGACGUAUGUGACUGAUAUAAAGGCAGAAGAUACAGAGGGAGAAGAAGAGACGUAUGUGACUGAUAUAAAGGCAGAAGAUAUAGAGGGAGAAGAAGAGACGUAUGUGACUGAUAUAAAGGCAGAAGAUAUAGAGGGAGAAGAAGAGACGUAUGUGAGGGGUGAUCAGCAGUGUAAGGAGGAGGAGAUCCCUACAGAUAUCAGCACAGAUGGACAUACAAGCAGGAAUAUCUCAGAAGGACAUCUAAUGUUAUCCCCGGAUUGUGACAUAAAAGAUAAUGACAGUAGACAGGAUUCUCCAGGAGCUAACCCCAUUACCCCAAUUAUACAUCCAGCUUUAUCAGCUAAUCCCUCUGAUCCUGGGAAAUGUUCUCCUGAUCACUCUGAUAUUGGUGCAUCUGUUACAGCUCUGAGAGUAGAUACAGUGUUUCCAUGUUCUAUAGAUGCCAAAUGUUUUACAAAGAACACAAAUCCUAUUAACCCACACACAGGCAAGGCAGGUGGAAGGCCACUGAUAUGUUCAGAGUGUGGGAAAUGUUUUGCAUACAAAUCACAUCUUGUUAUACAUCAGAGAAGUCACACAGGUGAGAAGCCAUUUCCAUGUUCUGAAUGCGCGAAAUGUUUUACAAAGAAAUCAGAUCUUAUUACACAUCAGCGAAGUCACACAGGUGAGAAGUCAUAUCCAUGUUCUGAGUGUGGGAAAUGUUUUACAUGCAAAUCAGUACUUGUUAUACAUCAUAGAAGUCACACAGGUGAGAAGCCAUUUCCAUGUUCUGAGUGUGGGAAAUGUUUUACACAAAAAUCACAUCUUGUUAGACAUCAGAGAAGUCACACAGGUGAGAAGCCAUUUUCUUGCUCUGAGUGUGGGAAAUCUUAUUUAACUAAAUCACAUCUUGUUAUACAUAACAUAAGUCACACAGGUGAGAAGGCAUUUUCAUGUUCUGAGUGUGGGAAAUGUUUUGCACACAAAUCAGUUCUUGUUAGACAUAACAGAAGUCACAUAGAUGCAAAGCCAUUUUCUUGCUCUGAGUGUGGGAAAUGUUUUACACAGAAAUCAUAUCUUGUUCUACAUCAGAGAAGUCACACAGGUGAGAAGCCAUUUCCAUGUUCUGAGUGUGGGAAAUGUUUUGCACUUAAAUCAUAUCUUGUUAGACAUCAAAGAAAGCACACAGGUGAGAAGCCAUUUUCUUGCUCUGAGUGCGGGAAAAGUUUUACCUGGAAAUCCAAACUUGUUAUACAUCAGAGAAGUCACACAGGUGAGAAGCCAUUUUCUUGCUCUGAGUGUGGGAAAUGUUUUACACAAAAAUCAAAACUUGUUACCCAUCAGCAAAGUCACACAGGUGAGAAGGAAUUUCCAUGUUCUGAGUGUGGGAAAUGUUUUGCACACAAAUCAGCUCUUUUUAUACAUCACAGAAGUCACACAGGUGAGAAGCCAUUUCCAUGUUCUGAGUGUGGGAAAUGUUUUGUAAGUAAAUCACAUCUUGUUAUACAUCACAGAAGUCACACAGGUGAGAAGCCAUUUCCAUGUUCUGUGUGUGGGAAAUGUUUUGUAAGUAAAUCACAACUUGUUACACAUCUGCGCAGUCACACAGGUGAGAAGCCAUUUCCAUGUUCUGAGUGUGGAAAAUGUCUUGUAAGUAAAUCACAUCUUGUUAUACAUCACAGAAGUCACACAGGUGAGAAGCCUUUUCCAUGUUCUAAGUGUGGGAAAUGUUUUGCAUGUAAAUCAGAUCUUGAUAUACAUCACCGAAGUCACAUAGCUGGGAAGCCAUUUUCUUGCUCUGAGUGCGGGAAAUGUUUUACACACAAAUCACGACUUGUUGCCCAUCAGCAAAGUCACACAGGUGAGAAGGCAUUUCCAUGUUCUGAGUGUGGGAAAGGUUUUGCACACAAAUCAAAUUUUGUUAGACAUCAGCAAAGUCACACAGGUGAGAAGCCAUUUUCUUGCGCUGAGUGCGAGAAAUGUUUUACACAAAAAUCACAUCUUGUUAGACAUCAGCGAAGUCACACAGGUGGGACGCCAUUUCUAUACUCUGAGAAAUAAAUCAUCUCUUGUUGGACACAAUAGACAUCACUCAGGUGAGGAACCAUUUUAUUCUUCUGGAGUAUACUCAUCAUUGCCAUGCGUUGUUCUUCAAGGUUCUUAUCCUAUCUCCUAUGCUUUUUGCAAUAUACAUGUUACCACUGAGUGAAAUAAUCAGGUAUCAUGCCCUCUUCUACCACUGCUAUGCAGAUGACCUGUCUUUUGCUCUGGGUACUGAGAACCCAGUACCAAUCCUAAAUGGUUGUCUAGCUGAGCUCCAGGUGUGGGUGAUGCCAGCUGGCUGUGAUUCAGUCCUGGUGAAACAGGUCCUUAUGAUAGAAGCUCACCAACAAAGAGCAGGGCUACAGCUCAGCUUUGCAAACCAACUGGGCUUGGGGGUUCACAGUUACAUAAUGCUGAUCAUGUGUGGAAUUUUGGUGUCCUGGAUGGUGGAGUGACACUUAGAUAUCGGUAUCUGCAACAAUCAGAUCCUCAUCUGAGGAACAUAGCCACACUCCAGCACUUAUUUCCCUCAGAAGAUCUACCUACAGUCAUACAUGCACUUGUAUCAUCACCCAUAGACUACUGCAGUGGCCUCUACCUGGGUCUCCCAGCAAAAGAAUUGCACUGGUUGUAACAUGUACAGAAUGCAGCAGCCAUACUGUUACCUAACCAGCCUGUUCCUGCCACAUAACACCCAUUCUCUGCUCCCUUCACCAGCUUCCUAUAAGAUGGUGACUCUAUUACAUAAUCUUACUGACUCUCCCAGUCCUACAUGACCAGGGUCCAUGGUACCAGAAGCAGCUUCUGCCUCAUUACUGCCCUGCUUUCUUCCAUCUGCAGAUGAAGGACUGCGGGGAGAGAUGGGGUGGUGGCAGUAGCGGGGAGAGAUGGGGCGGUGGCAGUAGUUGUGGAGAUGGUGGUGACAGUAGUGGGAAGA